AUGGAGAAUAGUUAGUUUGUUUAUAUAUAGCGAACAAAGUAGAUCUAAGAUUUGCGAAAAUAUAUUGGAUAUCGGUUCAUAUUAAAUUUACAACAAAAAAUCGUAUAUAGUGUUAUAUAGACAUAGUUAGAGAAUAUUUCAAUAUAUUUUUCAAUAUCUAACCUUGAUGGCGAGUCAAAAUCUGUGCGUGUUUAUUUAAGCCUACAGUUUUUUGUUGGUGCUAUUUUAAGGUUAUUACAUUUUGACUCAAAUUAAAUGGAGAAUAUUUUUAUUUUAAAAAGAAACUAAGUUGCUGUGAAUAAAAAAAUACAUCCAUACAAGAUGCACGAAAGGCGCGUUGAAAAAAUUAAAGGUGGACACUAUGUUGCUACACACAGUCAACCCAUAGGAUAUCAACCGUAUACGCAUUCCAAUCGUGCUUACUCUACUGAUGGGGAGGAAUCACAUAAUGCCACAUCUGGCCCCGCAAUCGGGGGAUAUACAGUAGCACAAGAGUAUCCAUACAGUUCUGCGCGCAAAAUGAAUUUAUAUCAAAACCAUCAAAGGCCAGCUGAUGAAAGUAGUGUAAUUUAUAAUCAAAAAUGGUCAAAUGGUUCACCGCAAACACGUGCUUUAUCAGCGCUAAGUUAUGAUCAAGGCGGAGAUGUGAGUAGUGAAAUCUAUGUGACCAGUGCUGCUUACAGGGAACCUUCGGAGAUAAGUCGCUAUAGCCAUCGGCCACAGUCACGCGGGGCUUCACAUAGCGUUUACUCUGUGGCAAGCACAGCAAAAACUGGACAGAGUACUCAUUCGACAACGAAACGUGGAGUAAAAAUCGAUGCGAUGUCAGCUCCAAACCCAUUCUGCCCUAAUAUAAAAGGAGUUUGCUGCCUUAUGCUGCUUCUUAAUCUAGGCCUAAUUCUUGUAACAUUAGGCUUUGUGAUUGUUGUACAAUUUUAUGAACCUCUAUAUGUGUGGAUACUUGGCAUCAUAUUUUUGAUAUUUGGAUUUCUUACUCUCAUUGGGUGCAUGAUAUACUGCGUGCAUGUUUGCAGAGAUGCCAAAACACCUUCUCAAGUGCGCAACGAAAAUCUUUACUGGACACGGCAUUGGCAAAAUAACAUUGGCUAUGUACCUACCAAAGAAAUUUCUUAUAAAGGAAAUAAAUAUGACGGUUAUUCGGACCACUAUUCAAUAAGUAAAGUUAGCGGAAAGUAUUCAGACCGUGGCAGUAAUCAUUAUUAGAGAAAUUACUAUUUCUAUAAGUUAACGAAUUGGAGAGCGAAAUUUAUAUUUAAAACAAUUGUGAAUCCAUAAAAUCUCUAUAUUAAUCUAAAUUAUACUCAUACGUAUUUAACUUGGACCAAUUUGAGUCAUGAGUUGGACUUGAACGUUGUUGUACUUACCAGUUAAUAAGCUUACACCCAUAUAUAUAUGUUAUUUUACAAA